GAUGUGUCUGCGGAAAGCUCUAGAUGAUGUCAUGCUUGAUUUGUUGACAAGAUAGGGAAGAUCACCACAAAAACGAAGACACCAUCAAACGAAAACUAAAAGCCCAGGUAACCCAGCAGCAGCAACAAGCAACAACCACACCAAGAUGAGCCAUCAGCAACAGCCUCAACAACAGCAACAACCUCAUCAGCAGCAUCAGCCUCAGUAUCAGCAGCAUCAGCAGCAGCAGCAUCAGCAGCAAGCUUCCUACCUGCAUCAGCUUCAGCAACAGCAGCAGCAGCAAGCGCAACCUCAGGUGAUCAUUCUUCCCCUUUUCGCUCCUGGAAUGAAUUUGCCUUCGAACAUGUACAAUAUGAACAUGAACACCAUGAUGGCGCCGCACCCGUUGGCCCCGUUGGCGCCGCACCCGUGGGCUCAUCAGAUGAGCGGGCAUGGGUUGCCCGUGGAUCCCAGUACCAUCUCUACGAUGAUGGCAAACGCAAACGCAGCCGCCACGGAUCCGCUUGCUCAGGCUCAGGCUAACCUCUCCUUACUCUUUCCUUCGCAGAAUGUCACGCUUGCUCAUGCUCAGGCUCAGCAGGCUGCUACUCAAGCUACCGGUACUAUUCAAGCGACCGGUAAGGUUCAAGCUAAGUCUCUUCAAGCCCAAGCUACAGCUCCAAGUCCAGCGCCACCUGCAGCUCGGCCUCAGAUGAGUUCAGGCCAUGGCCAGCAAGCUAAGGUUCAAGUUCGAGCAAAGUCUGCGCAGGUUCAGGCUAAGGUUCGAGCUAAGUCAGCACAGGUUCAGGUCAAGAGACCUGCUCGACAUUUACACCAAGACUUACAUCAGGAUCUGGUUCCCUUGGCUCCUGCCCCGGCCAAGAUGAUCUCACCGAUUCUGACUCCUCCUCCUACAAGACAAAUGCAAACCAAGGAACCCGCCAUGGCCGUCCCGGUGCAGGUUCAGUCCCCCGUGGAGACGGAAGCUGCUGAUGCUGCUGAUCCGGACCCUCCUGGUGAAGAUUCCUCCACUUCCUCCUUGUCAUCGGAUUCACCUGCCGGGGAAGAGUCCAACUCUUGCACUGAAGACAGCAGUGACACCAACAGCAUCAGUGAGUCAAGCUUGGAGAGCCUCGAAACAAACAUUCAGUACCUCAGAGAAAAACAAGAGCUUCUCCUACGCUUCUCCACGGAAAUGCAGCAAGAAGACGCAUACCAGGCAUCCGUUGCCAGGCAAGACGUUCUCAAAGAACAGACCGAACGACUCGAACGGGAUGCCGCAUUUGCAAAUAGCAGUGUCGGAAGCAUCUCGGAUGAUGAAGACGACUCCGAAGAUCUAGAAGGACUCUCCAUUUGGACACGAGCCAAGAAAAUACUCAGAAGCCUCAGUCGACACAGAGGAGUCUUGUAUCAUCCCAUGUCACAUCACGAUCGACCUUCAUCCUCUCCAAGCUCCAACAGCACCAAAGGAUCUUCCUCCAACAACAACAACAAGAAACGAGUUCGAUUCGAGAAUGAUGAUCAACACGAGAAACACCAAGACAAGGAUUCACUCACGGAACGACGAUCCAAGUACCGAAAGAUCAUUGAACGAGGAACCGUUCGAUUGAUGACCGCCAAGGACUUUCAAGCACAACAAGAGGGACUCUUGAUUCAGCGUCCCACGCCCCUCUAUCCUCCUCCAGUCUCCUCGUGUGCCAACACGGCGCACCACGAACACCAGCCAUCAGCAGACGGAUAUGAUGACACAAACAUGAAGUCCUUGCACACCAUCUUGGCUGAUGUUCCUUCGGUGCCGUUCCACACAUCCGGGUAAAGAAACAACACAACGAAAGCAAUCAUGCUUGCUCACAGACACGUCGCUCAACGAUCAAGGAAAAGGGGAAUAAUACAUCAGGACAACACGAAACUUUCUUCUGCACAACACUGCAUCCCUUCAACGUACUGUACUGUACUUGCAUUCACGCAUACAUACACACAUACAUCAUCAUCAUCAGAUUCUAUUCACGGACAUACAUCAUUUGGCUCUGGGGUUUUAUUACUUUGCUUGUUCAACUAACUAACUGCAUUCCAUGCUUUGAAGUAACUUGUAUCAUUCUCCAUAGUAACCUAUAACCUAUAUUUUAUUAAAUGAAUGC